CGUUUUGUGUUGUUUGGCUUAUCACACGUGGUCUUAGUGUGGCCUACGGGGAAUUGAUGUCUACAGUUUACAGUUACCCCUUGUAAGUUUCAGAGUUCAGAACUUCAGACUCAGUCACAGUUUUAAGCGAGAAAAUUCUUCGAUGGGCAAAUCGUACAAGAAAAAGCUCAGGCAGGAGAGGGCCAAAGUGAAACUGAAGAAGUCUAAAGAAGCCAAGACGAUACUGCCAAAAGGCCAGAAUCUGACAGACACUAACUUCAAAGUGAAGAAGAUAGUCAUUAAAGAUCAGAUCAAAAUCCAUGACUCCAGCGAACUACUGUUCAGAAACAAAUUGUCCGUUAAGGAAUUGAUUUCUAGGCUAAGGCACCAUAAUGCGAGCAUAAAAGUCGAAGCGCUUGAAGGCCUCAAACAUCUAGUCACCAUGAUGCCUGCCGAGAAGUUUGACAUGGAAUUUAUGGCACUGACCGAAGCGAUCAUGAAGCUUGUCUUGUCGGAAUCGAGUGACGUUCGGAAGGGUGCGAAUAAACUUCUUGGAUUGGUUUUUUCCAAGUUGGGCAUCAGCAAUAGAAUGACCGUGUACCACAUGAUCAACUCAUACCUAAUUUGUGGACUGACUCACAUAGAUAAAAAUAUACGCGAAGACUCUUUGCAAUUCCUAGACACCUGUCUCAAAUUCGGGUCGGAGCUGUUUGCAAACUAUGCUUUUCAGGUUAUAUUUAUCUUUCUGGAUCUGGUGUCAGAAAGGUCGGAGGAUUCUCGGACUCUUUUACUCAACCUCGACUCACGGAAAGGGUCCAAGGUGUGGAGAGCGAAGGUCUUACAACGAAUUCUCAUGCUGCUGUCAGUAUUACUAAAGCAUCAUAAAGACUAUAACAAUACAUGCGAAAAAUUAUCUAUGAAAGUUCAUCGGUCCAUAACUGUCAAGGACAUUAAGAGUAGCUGGAUUCCUUUAUUUACUCCAAUCAACCUGCAUUUUGAUUCACCUCUAUUAGGAAAUAUGCUGAAUAAAAAUGUUAAUCAAGAUGUUUCAGUUGAAGAAUUGUAUGAUGCAAUUAUCCCUGUGAUCUUCCAAAUGUUUGUUGAAAUCUGUCCUCCCAGCAGCAUCUGUAAAUCUAAGAACGAUUUAACAAGUGUUUCCAAUGAAGAUGCAAUAUUUUUAAGAACAAUUACACAAAUAUUUGACACUCUAUGGACGAUGUGCGAAAGGAAUGAUCUGUCUGGUCAACAGAACAAGGAUCUGAAACUGAAAUAUGGCAGUCUCUUAGUGAAGAAUUUGAUAGAAGGAAGGUUCCCGUACUACAUCAACAUGAACCAGGCUCGAAAUCCAAAUUCCCAGUUCUUAGAGAAUGCUGAAUUAUCUUGCUUUUCACAAAACCUCCUUUUGGCAAAGCAUACAUUUUUCUUUGGGAACUUACAACAUUGGGACUUAGUGAUACCUUAUUUGAAAACACUUUUUCGAAACAAUGAUAAAUUAACUCAGAAUGAUCUGGCUUCGUUUUCCACGUGUGUUGAAAACAUUUGCAGGCAGAAAGACUGCAGCGAACUCAAGUUUUUCCUGUCAAAGACUGUUACUACUGCUAUCCAGGGCAAGGAUCCAUUUUCCCCAUAUUGUUUCAAGAUUCUUUGCUCUCUUGCUCUUGAUCCAAGCUUGGUUUUUAUUCAUAAGGAUGAAAACUUUAUAACUUGGCUUGAAACACUUCCUGACAAAUUGACAAAAAAGAAAGUCACCUCAUUCCAGGUUGAAACUAUCUGCAAGAUCGCCGUUCGUAACUUUGAAGCGUUCACCCUCUCCCUUAGCGGGCUCAUAGAAGUCAUCUUAGAUAAUCUACAAAAGCUGGAAAUUGUGGGACAUCCACAAGAUUCAAAACUGCAUGAAAAGGUGGCCAGCCUUUUAUACUGGGUGGAUUGGGAUGACGAGUUAGCGACCGAAUUGAAACAUGCUGUUGAGAAAAAUUACUGGGGAGAUUCAAUAACAAAUUACAUAAAAGGAUUAAUUAUUUUAAAAGAAAGAAAACUGGCUGAUUAUUAGGAGAGAGAAUAUGGCAAUAUUAAAAUAUUAUUCUUGUACUGUAAAUAAAAUUAAAUUUCGUAAAAAAAAAUAGUUUGUAG